AUGCUUAAACAAAAUAUAAGUAAUUUAUCUAAAGUAUGUGAAUACCUAAACUAUUGGAUAUACUAUAUUAUAAAGGAUUCUUUACAAUGUAUUUACAAUAUUAACUCACUCUACUAUGUGCUAGAUAGGCUUAAAUUACUUUAUAUUCCAAGAAGACAUAAAAUUUUACACUGGAUUAAAAAUGAAUACACUGUUAUCAAUAAUAGCAAUAGAGCUGAAUACAAUCAAUACCUUAAUGAAAGUUAUAAUAUUUAUAAAGAAAUUAUAUGUAAAGAUGAUUCUACAUUAAAAGAAAAUUGCAGCAAAGAAUUGACAAAGUUUAGAGAAAUAUUUAAUGAAGCUAUAGCUUCUUUAAAAGGAAAAAAUAUAAGCAUAAAUCAGGCAGACAUACCUUUGGAAAACAACACAUUAUGCACAACUAUUUCUCCGAGAAAUGAAACAGUACCAGAAUUACCAGUAGGACUAGAAGCACAAGAAGGACCAGGGGAAUCAGAUAUAUCAGUAUUACUAGAUGCAGCAGGAUAUGCUCCAUCAACCGACAGAGUUACUAUGGAUCAAGGUAUUAAUGUAAUCACUCCUGAAGAUGUUAGGCCAAAUAAAGCAAGUUCAUGGAUAAAUAAUAAAAUUCUAGGUGAAAAUAAACCAAUGGACAAUAUGAAAAGGAACCGUAACGAAUUGCUACUAAAUGAUAUUGGAAAUCGUGAAAUGACUUUAAACGAUACGAUGUAUCACAUACGAUAUAAUUCUGCAGCAAAUAGUUAA